AUGUCUUCGUGGGUGAUUACCGGAUUCGAGUUCGUCCGCCAGCUCUCUGAAAACCCAGACAACACCGUCUUCGGCCUCGUCCGUAAUAAAGUAGCUGUCGAGUCCAAGGUUUCCGCUGAGAUCGGCCGGAAACAUAUUCACAUCAUUCAGGCCGACACGACGGACCCAGUGGCAUUGGAGAAAGCAGCUCGGUAUGUUUCGGAGAAAACCAAUGGCGCCCUUGAUUACAUUGUGGCCAAUGCUGCGCUUCAAUCCAAGACUGCGUUGGUUGGCUUUGAUACGUUGAGCCGCGAUCCCAAAGCCCUCGAACAAGAUCUGAGUGACCACUUCCGAGUCAAUACGAUCGGUGCCGUCCAUCUCUUCAAUACUUUCAUGCCCCUGAUUCUGAAAGGUCGGGCGAAGAAAGUUAUUGCCAUCUCUACUGGCAUGUCAGACCCCGAGAUGACACUCAAAGGCGACAUCUACCAAGCCACCGCUUAUGCAAUGAGCAAGGCGGCCCUCAAUAUGGCGAUAGCCAAGUUCAGCGCCUUGUAUUGUGAGAAAGGUGUCCUCUGCAUGGCUAUAUGCCCCGGUGCUGUAGACACCGGUAGUCUCAACAUUGAAACGGAGGAGGAGAAGCUGCAGGCCAUGGUUAUGUUUGAGAGGAUGAAAAUAUAUUCACCCACCUUCCAAGGACCUCUGACGCCGGAAGACAGUGCCACAUCGGUCUUGGCUCUCGUUAAAAAGGCUACCGUUACUGGUGGCUAUGCAGGCGUGUUUAUCUCUCAUACGGAAUCAAAGCCGUAUCUUUAA